AUGCACAAGGUGUCUCGGAAGCGUCUUCGAGCGGAAAGUUCGGUGGAUGAUGAGAUCCCGUCGGUGAAUGAUUUCUAUCAUGUUUUACGAUUUUCGGAUGGAAAACAGGAAAAGAUGAUCUCAAGCAUCGUUCACAUUGAAUAUCGAGUUGAUGAAGCGGCGUUGUCGCCGAACGUCGAGUCGGGCUCCGAAGAAAAGAAGUUGAUGUUCUACGUUCACUAUGAAGCGUUGGAUCGUCGAAAUGACGAAUGGGUGACGCGCGAUCGAAUUUGCGAGAAACUCGAUCCGGCCGACGUCGCCGCCGAACUGUCAUCGCAGGGACGGGCGCUCACACGAAGUCAGCGGCGAAUCCACGAGGAGUUCCACCAUCUCAAACAGGCGUAUGAAACGAUGGACGCGACGACGGCGAAACUCGAACGCGCGCACGAGGAGCGUACAAAAGUCAAAAAUAUUCCGACAAUCACGAUUGGAAAAUAUUGCAUAAAUUCGUGGUACUAUUCGCCGUUCCCGUUUCAUUACAAUGAUCAGGAUUUGUUCAUGUGCGAAUAUUGUCUGAUGUACACACCGUCAAAGACGAGAUUCAAAAAUCAUUAUAUGAAGUGCAAUGAAAGGCAGCCGCCGGGCAAUGAGAUUUACCGCAAAGACAAUUUGUCGGUCUAUGAGAUUGAUGGAUGCCAACAUAGGCUCUACUGCCAAUCGCUUUGCCUUCUUUCGAAAUUGUUCAUGGACCACAAAACGCUUUAUUUCGACGUCGAUGACUUUAUUUUCUACGUUCUCUGUGAGGUUGAUAAUGAAGGUGCGCACAUCGUUGGAUAUUUUUCGAGAGAAGUCGAAUCCGCCAACAAUCUCGCCUGUAUCAUGGUGUUUCCGCCGUAUCAAAAUCGGGGUUAUGGAAAAUAUUUGAUUCAAUUGAGCUACGAAAUUUCGUCGCGCGAAGGCUACAUCGGCACACCCGAAAAACCGUUGUCGGACCUUGGAAAAGUGAGCUAUCGAAGCUAUUGGUGGUGGGUUUUGUUGGUCGAACUCGACAAACACCCGGUGAACUCGAUCACCGCCACCGAGUUGUCGGAAAUUUCGGGAAUCGCCGUCGACGACAUUAUUUCGACGUUGGGCACACUGAAAAUGGUCAAACAAUAUAAAGAGGGCGAGUAUGUGAUUCGCGCCGCUCGACGCUUCGUCGAUCAUUGCAUCUCGAAUCAAUACGGAAAACCGCCGAAAAUCAUAUUGGACAAAUCAUGCCUCAAAUGGAAACCGGCGAUAACUAGGCGUGAAGCUUCCGGAUUUAAGCCGAAGCCCGACAAACAAGAUGCUCGCAAAUUGUCGGCAUCAUCUAUCGAUAAUUUUGCUGCUUCAAAAGACAUCCCAUAUGGCUACAGUUCCGAUUCAACCGAGAGAGAUGAAGAUUCUAACUAA